AUGCAACGUCGAAAUCAGCCCGCCAACAUCGCUCACAUGCCACCUCACAAAUUCGACUUCGAAGACGAUAGAAUGGAUCCACUUAUGACCUACGGUGUUGAAGAACCCACUCGACAGAAUCCUGAAGACGAAAGCUCACAGCGCCAACAACGCGCACAUCGCUACUACAGCACGCAAAUCCUCACGCCCUCCAUCCCCGUCUCGCCCUGCAUAAACGCCACAGAUCGCGCGCGCCGGGCUCGUCGCUCGCGCAUACGACAGCCUGGCGACGUCGAUCCCAACGCUGAAGAAGUGUUUUGCGAUAUUACGCCUCUGCUGCGCGAGAAGAAGACCAAGUCAGUUGCGAAGAAACGGCAAAGUGAGUUCGAGACUAAUGAUGGUGAUGAUGAAGAAAUUCCUGAGAUGGUGCUGGAGGAGGAUGAGGAGGAGAUGGAUGGAGAGUAUGAGCUUCUCAAGAGGGGGGAGGGGCUGGAGAUGCAUAAUGGGACUAACAACAACAACCGUAACCGCCGUAGGGCUGGAAACCCGCAGCCGCCCGCAACUGCUCCGCCGGCGCGGAACAUUGGCACUGCGACUGUCCAGCGUACACCGCAGAGCCAGACUCGAUCCGGUCAAGCCUAUUCAGCGCCAGCUUGCGAUGAAGCGUCCAGUACGUUUAGGAGUACGAAGCCGAGUUUCGUAAUGGCCGACGCUGAAGCGAGAGUAGUUCUGCCGAUCAGCCAAAACGAUACACGAAAGUCUAGCAACCCAUGGACGGAGGGCUUUGAACAGGAGGUGAGGAGUCGUAUCCGCCGAGGAGACAGUAGACCCAUUGCUGAAGGACAUCAGGGAUCGGUUAGGAAGCCAGAGCCCAGCACGGAGAAGGUGCUGUACUCCAAGAUCCACGAGCAGAAAAUUACGCCUCAGGCGCCAGCAGAGACGCCUGAAACAGGGUUUUUAUUCACUUCACACCUGGGAAAUUCGCCAUCGUCACCACUCGUCGACAAGUCGAAGUCUGGCGCUUAUCCUACUUCGCCGAUUCUCAACCAUGUACGCAAGCUACGCGAGGACGACCAGGACAGGGUAUUUGCCCAGUUAGGAGAAGACUUAGGAUGCAUGGUGUUCAGAUCAGACGAGCCAGCGAAAGAGGAAAGAGAGAAUGUCAAGAAGACCUCGUCGGCCCGUUUCAUUCCCCGCAUGGACUUGUCGUCUGGAUCGGACUGGUCGAAGCCGUUGCAUGCGAUUGCAAAGUCACCAAAGCCAGUUGUGCCCGAGAUGGAGGCUGUUCAGAGUAAGCGUCCUGGCGUCAGCACUCCAGCAAAAGCUCCGCCUAUUGUAAAUCGCGGCCCGCACCAGAAGUCUAAGAUCAAUCAGCUGGCAGAAGCAACGGCCGAGAUCGAUGUCUUCCAAAACAUCAUAGUCAAGCCGCCAGUGACACUCUCUUCUGCACAAGACGUAGUAGUCCUGACGCGACGCGCUUUGAACAUUGCCAAGAAUCCGAAGAAGUCUACUGAGGAAGCCACUAAGUCCACAGAUUUAAUUGCGUCGUUUGAUUCGGAUGAUUUUGAGAUAGUAGAUAUGCCAGAGAUUGGCGAGAGUGAGCAGAAUGGUGUGCCGAAGAAGUGGUUUGGAGGACUUCGUCGCUAG